UACAUUUCUUUGUUAUAGGUACUGUUAACCAUGAACGAUACUUCAAGUCUUCUAAAGGAAAUUGGACUGAACAUAUGUGGGCAUGCAGACAAAAAGUCUUUUAACUUACUCUACAGGGCGGACACUGAGGUCAAAGUAGAUGAAUUCCAUUCCAAAUGUGAUGGGAAAGGACCAACAGUCACGAUUCUUUAUUUGAAAAACAACACGAUAUAUGGAGUAUACACAAGCGAAGAUUGGUCUUCGGAGAGGAGGAAAACAAAAGCGGAUAAACACGCAUUUUUAUUCUAUAAGAAUGAUCAUGUUGACGAAAAGUGUAAUUUCAUCCCAAUCGCAGAAAACAUGCAGAGUAAAGCUAUUACUUGUGAUCCAAAUUUUGGACCGACAUUUGGAUGGGGCCCAGUGUUUACGAAACGUUACGAUCUUCAAACAUUUAAGAAGGAUAGCAAAUCGGAGAGUGAAUGUAGGGACGGCUCCCUAAUUUUGAAUGGCGCAAUGAACAUUGGAUGUGCAUAUAAAACUCAAUCUAGAAAAGUCAGGAGGGAUAUUGUGACAAACUUGCCUGAAGAAAAAAUGACGAGAGGGUGUUUGCGGUUCCAGAGCAAACACACGUAGCAGAUCCUUUACUCAUAAAACGUAUUGUUGUGUAUCAAGUUGUAGAAAAGCCAUGGAGGAAAUUCCCAACAGAUAAAGAAUUACAAGAAAUGAAAAAGCGUCUUGAAGAUUUCAAACCGGUACCUGGACUUGGUAUAAAAAAGUAUAACAUACUGCUUCUCGGAGCCAUUGGAUCUGGCAAGUCGAGUUUCUUUAACACCGUUUUUGCAGGCUCAGUUAAAUCACAUGCACCUGCAAGAAGCGCCAAUGCUGAGAGUGUAACUAAUGAGAUCCAUGCAUAUGAACUUAAAUCUAAAAGUGGAAAGCAUUUAAACCUUCAAAUUUUCGACAUAAGAGGAUUCGACGAAAACAGAGGAUAUAACGAUGAGCUUGAAUACAUUCUCAACGGCAGAUUACCAGCUGGAUUUACUUUUCCAGAAGAACCAGCACCUGUAAAAGAGGAUAAAUUGAUUCAUGCAAGUUUGAAAAACGAAAUGCACUUGGUGUGCUUCGUAACGGGAACUUCGGGCGUAGACGCCUUUACCAAGAAAUUGCGUGAAAACAUCAAUAACAUAAAAGAGUGUGUCAACAGGAAGGGUUUACCAGUGGUUGUUGUUGUAACAAAACUUGACGAAUUCAGUGAAAAUAUAUUUGAAGAUGCAAACCAAGUUUAUAGAUGUUUCGAGGCUCAUGAUGCUAUAAAGAAAGUGUCAGACUUCUUUGGAAUACAGGAGAAGUAUAUUUUUCCAAUUGUGAAUUACAUAAAUGACGACGAAAUAAAAGAAGGCAAGGACAUGCUGACACUACAUGCUUUAGACGAAAUGGUCAGACUGACAAAUGACUACAUAGAAAAGCAUAAAGAAAAGACGUCAAUAGUUGACAGUUGGGCAGAACGAGAGAACAAGCUACAUAUUCCGUUGCUGCAGCGGCUUAAAGACGAGAAACAUGCUGUGCUUACUAACCUAGGAAAAGAAAUGACUGAGCUUGGUGAUAAUACACUACGUAUCCUAUGUGUUGGGACAGUUAAUAGUGGAAAAACGAGUUUCGUUGAUUCCAUAUUAUCGACCUUAAGAGAUGAGAUAUGCUCAAAAGCAUCAGGGGGGUACGCAACAGGCGGAAAAUCAAAGGUUGGCAAUGCUGUGUCCACAACUGAGAAGUUUCAGAUGUAUCGAUUAAGAUACAAAAAGAAAUUGGAACAGGAAGAUAAACUGUGCAGUAGCAGUGCAUUUAUCGGGGAUUUACCUGGUUUUCAAGAAAAUUUGGGUAUACAGUUGGAAGCCGUCAAAUAUAUAGUUCAGGGUCACGUACCAAACAGUUACAAAAUUAAAGACGGAAUAAACAGGGAUUCUGAUACAUUCAAGUUGCGCCCCGAGAAGAAAGACAAGGUGAACUGUGUUUGUUUCAUUUUUGACAUUUCUACGCCUGCUGACGAACUACCAGGUAAAAUACAGGAAACAUUCAAGAAUCUUCAACGCUGGCUCCUUGACAAAAAGAUUCCGUACAUUGUCAUUCUGACUAAAGGUGACCUGUUGAACGCUGAUGUAGGGGAAGGGAAGUAUCAGGUAUUUAAAAACAACACUUUAAAAGAAAACAAAGACAAACUCAUAAAGAUGUUUGGUUAUAAACAAAGCAAAAUGUUCCCAGUUGUUAACUAUAUACAUGAAGAUACAGUGGUACCGGAGAGUGACGCUUUACUUAUAGCCGCUCUAAAGGAAAUUCUGAAACUUGGAAAACAAUAUUUUGAGGAUUCGGAUGAAAAAGAUACUGAUGAAAGUGAUAACGAAGAAAAGGGAUCAGAGGAUUGCGAGACAAACAAAGCCAACAGCUAGUUCAGUGACAUAUUCGAAAGAGUCUAAUGAGAUUAAUCUUAAUCAAAAAAUGACGAACAUAGAAAAAUGCAUAAAAGUCUAUACUUCUGAAGUAUCUCGAUUGACAACAUGAAUUUAGGUCCGGAAUAUAAAGAUUUUAACCAGGCGUUAUGUUCCCUAUUAAUACAGCGAUUUGAUCAAAGAGGCGUGUUUUAUGUAUAAAAUUGCGAAUAAUUUACAUCCUAACUAUAUAUGUGAAAUGUGCUUGCAAAAACCCCAAGCUUAUGAUACUUCUUUCACUCUGCGAUCAAAAACUAGCAAGAAUUCGUAUAUACCAAAGUACCAAAAUAUACGCACAAAGAAUAGUUUUAAUGUGUAUAUGCUAUAUUCUUGUCCAAUUAUUUGGAACUGUUUUAGAAGUUAAAUAUGCUCAUUCAUAACAAUGCUUUAAAUCAUCAUGUCUCAACUCAAUGAAAAUUUCAUGAAAUAUUUCCUUUUUGUUUUUAGACAUGUAUCUGUUUAUGUUUGUAUGUAAAUAAUAAUGCCAAUAUUUAAUUAACUGAUAAAAUUAUUGAAACAUAUUUAUCAUUUCGAUUCUAACCACGCAAAUUCUUCUCAUUUUACGACAAUACUUUUAGCUCGGCAUGUCAUUCGGCUGGCUUUAUGCCAUUAUAAAAUCCUCCUCACGAAUGGAAAGCGUUGCAUAAAACGGAAUUUGCCGAUAUUUAGUCAUUCUAAUGAAAGUAUUUAGUAAUUCUAAUGAAAGUAUUAAGUAGUAACUGCUGUGAAAAUGUUAUUUUCAGUAACAUUUAAGGUCGGAUAUAGAAAUUAGAAGUAAAUACUUCAUUCAAAGUUUAUCAAUGCAGUUUCUUAUAAUAGUACACGUCACCUACAUGAUGGCACUGAAACAUACAUGCCAGAACAUUGCGGCAUAUAAAAACGUAAACACUUGAGUCUGGAAGACUGGAACAUGAAUUAUAAUUUAUUUACUGUCAAAGUAGUAUCUAGCUGACAUUUUGCCUACAACGAAAAAAAAAUGUAAACUUAUAUAGAUGCACUGAUGUUAAAGUUGAAACUUGCCAGUACUGUUUAGACUGGCUGAAACAUUUUCUUAAGGUGAAAAUAUGAACAAAAAAUCAUCAGUUAGAAAUUGCUUAUUUCAAACAAUUUGAUGUACGUUUUGUUACUACAUGUAUUACUUAGAACUGAAAAAGUCGAAAAGUCGACAUAUAACGGAAGCAGAGUCAUGUUACAAUCGUAGGGUGGAAUGGAACAGCUACACUUCUCGUAGAUUCAUGUAUAGGUGAUUUCGCUAUAUGUUUAUAAAGCAGCUGCUGUGAAUCGUGUUAGAAUUGUAUGCACAUGAUUUUUCGAUGUAAUCAUGUUUAUUAUGCUUUAUGUUCUGUAUAAAAUUGUAUUUUCUUUUUUAAAGGUCCUCAUGGAAGAUUAGCAUCAGCUAAAUGAGCCACCCUCUAUAGAUAGAGUACUCGCUCACUCAUUCACGCACUUAUAUACUUACUUAAUUUGAACGUUUAUUUUUUAUGUUCAUAAAAGUGUGUAGCAAAGGAAAGGUUUCACGGGAUGUUGACUCUGUCUAACCAAGUUAUCUGAUGAAGUGUAUUUUUUUUCCAAUCCUUUACAUAGUAUAUCAAUCAAAUUAUAUUGGUCCAGUAUGCAGUAAUUUUCACGUAUUGGAAUUCGAUUGGCAGUAAUUUAUCUUUAAGGAUAUAACAAAUGUACAUAUAUUAGAGGACAACUAACAAUGAAAUAGAUCCAGCUGAAAAAAUCCUAGAAUGAAAAGAAAACAGUAUACAAUCUAAAUGAUAUACAACAUUGCAAACAAUGGCGAUAGAGAGAGAAAGGGACUAAGAUCAUAUUUCGAAAGUAAUUAGAUUAACUAUGAUCAUGCUAUCAACAAUAUUUUUUUAAAAGUGUUAGUGAUCAAAAUAUCUCUGUCUUGUAAUAGUGUAUGUGUAUAUGAAAAUUAAAUAAAUAAUAAAUGACUA